UUUGGAGAUUUUCCUGCCCUGAUCUCGCGGUCCCCCGAUGGAUGACGAUUGCAACAACAACAAUCGGGUCUACGACGGCGCAUGCGUGAAACACGCGGACUUGGUCGGUCAGCUGAAGGCCAUCUUCCCGAACACGUCAGACGCCAUUAUCCUGCUGACCGUCGUCGCCCACCGUCGCCUCCAGGGGGCGGAAAACGUGAUGCUUGAGUCCGUCUGUGAUGACCUGCUGGAUCUCCGCACCUACAGGUGCCAUUGUGGAAGAAGGUGUCAGUCAUCCUCAACACGCAAGAGCUCCUGUCACCGCUGCCCUUGGGCGCCCCCUGGUGGAGGAUAACGAACCGCCCGAUGACGUCGUUGCCGCAGCAGUGGCAGCUGCUAACGUCAUUGUCAUUGACGACGCUGACUCGCAGGAAAGGUUGAACCUUGUAGAGGAUAAUGACGUUGCAGAACAACCGAUAGCACCAGCAGAACCAGUCGAUUCCUUACAUGAUUACAUACAUAAGAUGUUCGAUGAGAUUGCAGCUUCAGCUGAGAAGGAACGCGACGUAGGAGGAGAAUGUGCCGUCGUCGUGGAAGACCAAGUCACAGAGGCAGUAGCGAACGACGCGGAGGGACCAGACGUCGCGGAGGGUGCCAUUGUGGAAGAAGGUGUCAGUCAUCCUCCACACGCAAGAGCUCCUGUCACCGCUGCUCUUGGGCGCUCCCUGGUAAAGCUGAAGGUCAUCUUUCCGAACACGUCAGAGGACAUUAUCCUGAUGACCGUCGUCACCCACCGUCACCUCCAGGGGGCAGGCAACGCGAUGCUCGAGUCCAUCUGUGAUGACCUGCUGGAUCUACGCACCUACAGAAAAGUUGACGAGCAUUACAACGGCAGCACCAACGUUGGCAGCGAUGCGGCCGAGGUGCCGGGGACGUCAGGCCGAGAACAUCGCGAGACGCCGGACGAAUCCGACGCAGGUGCCAUUGUGGAAGAAGGUGUCAGUCAUCCUCAACACGCAAGAGCUCCUGUCACAGCUGCUCUUUGGCGCCCCCUGGUGGAGUUCGAUGAGAUUGCAGCCCCAGCUGAGGAGGAACGCGACGUAGGAGGAGAAUGUGCCGUCGUCGUGGAAGACCAAGUCACAGAGGCAGUAGCGAACGACGCGGAGGGACCAGACGUCGCGGCGGUGUUGCGGUGGCGCGGUGGCGCGGUGGCGCGGUCGCCGCCGCGGGAUCCACUGCAGGUUAACGUGGACAGCGUGAUGCAGCUGUUUCCAGACGCGCAGCGGGAGCACGUGGAGGCGCUCGUCCUCGCGCACGUGAACCACCCGGACAUUCUCACGACUGUCUGCAACGUCAUGGUCGAGACAAAGUACCCGAAGGUGCCUCAGGUGAAGAAGAGCAGGGAGCGGGACGGCAACGCACAACAGACUGUCCAGCUCGAUGAGAUUGCAGCCCCAGCUGCGGAGGAACGCGACGUAGGAGGAGAAUGUGCCGUCGUCGUGGAAGACCAAGUCACAGAGGCAGUAGCGAACGACGCGAAGGGACCCGACGUCGCGGCGGCGGCGGCGGUGGCGCGGUCGCCGCCGCGGGAUCCACUGCAGGUUAACGUGGACAGCGUGGAAUUCUCAAACUACCUUGACGAGAGUUUUUUGAAGCAGAAGACCUCGAUAACGUACAAGAACGAAGCGAUGAAUCUGCUAAAAAACGAAUUCCUCAAGGGCUACACUGUAUUUAAAAUCAGUCGAUGGCAAUGA